UACUGUUGUAGAGCAAUAAACCGAGUGAAAUGGAAGGCAUGUUCAUUAGACGGUUAUAUUGGUGUUUUAUGUGCCUUAAUGAAUAGAAACGAAACAAUAAACGUUAAAGUGAAACCGAAAGUAUUUCGGCAGCUAACAGUUAGCUUCCUGUGGACAGGAGGUGGAGGACGGUUAAGCCUUUGCAGUCUGGCCAACCAUCAACAGAAAGUGAUGGGAGUGAUAACAGGGCUGUUGUGUAUCAUUCUUCUGGAUGGAUUCCUGUGUUCAGCACGGUGGGCCGGGCUGCUGCUGCUCAAAUGUUCCAGCUGCGGAGGACUGGCAGGACUGUGGGCCUUCGGACUGAUAAAAUGGGCUUUUCUCCAUCUUUUCAUCGCAGUGCUGACAAGUGGAAAACACAGAGCAUUGCUUUAUAGGUUCGCAGCACUCCUCUGUCUUAUUUCUCCUGUGUUUGAAACUGGACGGAUCCUGACUGCACUUCCCUCGGAACGAUACACAGGACCUUUGCUCGAUCCCAGCAUGCUUUUGUUGGGUUCUACGUCUUCAUUGGUGGCCUGUUUAAUAUGGGAAAAAUGGAUUUCUCGUGAUGGACAGACAAAGAAAGACAAUCUGGACACCAAACGUUUGCUAAUGAGAGUGCUGAGAUACUUCAAACCAGAUACCGUUUAUUUGAUAACAGCUUUUUCUUUCCUCAUCAUGGGAGUCAUCUGUGAUACUUACAUCCCUUUAUAUCAGGGAAAAGUCAUUGACAUGCUCAGUGAACGACAGCUGCAAAGUGACUUUGGUUACACAGUCGGACAUCUAGUGCUCAUCUAUUCUGGAAGCGCCCUGUUCUCUGGCAUGAGAGGAGGUUUUUUCAUGAUUUCUUUGGCCAGACUGAACAAGAGACUGAAACAUCUGCUCUUUCACAACCUCCUGAAGCAGGAGGUGCACUUCUUUGAGGAGAACAACCCAGGACGACUUUCCUCCCGCCUGCACAGUGAUGUGGACAGGAUGGGGCGAACCGUAGCGCUGAAUGCUAACGCAGUGGUUCGCAGUACGUUCAAAACUGUCCUCAUGCUCAGAGUGAUGUUGGGCCUGUCCUGGGAGCUGACUUUGCUCACCUGCAUAGAGAUGCCUCUCUUGGCCACAUUGCAGAAUAAAUACAUCAACUUGUCCAAGGAGCUAAAAGAUCAGACCCAGGAAUGCCACGCUCAGAGCAAAGACCUGGCUUCCCAGACGAUCGGCGGGAUCCGAACAGUCCGCAGCUUCAAUGCAGAGAAAGAGGAACUCAGGAGGUACCUUGUGGCCCUGGAAGAGCUGUGCUCCAUCAAGAGGCGAUCAGCAAUAUUCAGCGCAGUUUAUCUUGUCAUACGAAGGGUGGUGUCUCUGGGUAUAAAGAUAUUUAUGCUGAUCCAAGCCAGACGCCUCAUCUCUUCUGGUCAGCUCAGCAUCGGUAAUCUGGUGUCGUUUUUCCUGUACCAGAAGCCCAUGUCAGUCAAUCUAAGGGAGAUUAUGUAUUGCUAUGGUGAGACGAUGUCCACAGUAGGAGUCAUUUCCAAAGUGCUCAGUUACCUUGACAGGACACCAAAAACUAAAGAGGAAGGAAACCUGGCUCCUAAGGUGUUGGAGGGGAGAGUUGUUUUCCAAAAUAUCAAUUUUAGUUAUCCAUCUGCUCCUUCAGAAAAAGCAGCUUUAAAGUCGGUGUCGUUGGAAAUCCGUCCAGGGAAGAUCACUGCGCUGGUUGGUCCAUCUGGCGGUGGAAAGAGUUCCUGCGUCAGCCUGCUGAAGAGGCUGUAUGAGCCUCAAGACGGUCAAAUCCUGCUGGACGGCAAGCCGCUGCACUGUUACCAAGGAAAAUACUUCCAUCAGAAGGUGGCAUUGGUUUCCCAGAAUCCUGUGCUGUUUUCUGGUUCCCUGAAGUAUAACAUAGAGUAUGGUCUGGAGAAACCUCCUCCAGAGGAGAAGGUGAAAGAGGUCGCCAGGAAGAUCGACGCUCACAAGUUCAUCUCUGAAAUGGAGAAUGGCUACGACACAGAUGUUGGAGAGUGUGGAGGUAAACUGUCCGAAGGCCAGAAGCAGAGCAUUGCCAUCAUCAGAGCGCUGCUUAGAGACCCCCAGGUCAUCAUCCUGGAUGAGGCUACAAGCAAACUGGAUGUUGAUGCAGAGAGGGCGGUUCUGGAUGAGGUUCUGAAUCGUGGACGGACCAUCCUGAUGGUGGCUCAUCAGCUCAGGAUUGUGGAAAAGGCAGAUCACAUCAUCUUCAUGGAGGACGGAUCAGUCAGGGAGGAGGGGACCCACCAGGAGCUCAUGAAGAAAAAAGGAGGCUACUUUCGUUUAAAGGAGGAGCUGUUUUCUGAAAGCAGAUGAAGAAAGUUGUUUAAAUAUAAAAAUUUAUGGAAGAAAGUGUGUCCCAGUUUUCUAAUUGAAAUUUUUUUUUAUUUUCAUUAAAAAGCUGCAUUUUUUGACUUUACAAAUCAAAUUAAAGAUAAAUCAUCUUAAAUCCAUUUUUCUUCAUUUAUUAAUUUAAAUGAUAAUUAAAAAACAUUUUCCUGAGAAAAAUGUGACAAGAAUUAAUUUUAAAAUGACUAAAUUAACGUAUUAAUAGAACGUUUUUUUUUCACUUCAAAGGCAGAGCUGCAUUUUUGACAAAGAAAAUUUCUAAUGGUAACAAUUUGGAAUUUUGGUCAAUUUAUGGUGGUAUAUAUUUAAAUGUUAAAUAUAACUUUCUUAAUCAUUUUGAUUAAGUAACAAAAUAAGCAGUCUUGAGAAAUUUAAUUGAAGGGUAGAUUUAAUAUUCUAUCACAUAUUUUAUUCAUGAGUCAAAAAAAAUGUAGUAAUGACUUUUGAAUAAAAAACACAUCUGUUAAUUAAUCUUAAUUUCAAAUUUUUUUUUCAUUUUAAAGUAUAUUGUGGUCACAUUUUACCGGGAAUGUGAUGAAGUUUUAAUGUAAAACUUAGUUUGUAAUUCUAAUUAAUUCACAAACUGAGCAAUCUUGGAGAAGAAAAACAGAAAAUGCAGUUUGGAUGAUUUAUUUAUAAUUUUAUUUAUAAGUGGCAGUUUAUGCAGCUUCCUUUUGAAAAUGAAAAAUAAUUUCUAUCAACCCUUUUUAAUAUAGAAAUCGAUGCACAUUUGCUUUCAUAUGGAAAUACUAAAAACCAGCUGCUGUAUCUUUGAAACAGCUUGGUUGAUUGUAUAUAAUGAGUGAAACAGAAAAGCAGAAGGUGGGAUGGGGACAUUUGAUGAGUGUUUUGUUUCAGUAAAAUUGUUUUCUGUAUAUA